AUGGAAAGUGGUAACGUUGUAAAUGCACAACCUGAAUUAUCAGCAAUUGAUGUAUCCAAGAGAUAUAUGUACGAGCAGUUAUGGAAAUUGUGUGCUGGACCUUUGUGUGAUAUUCCAAAAAUUGGAGAAAAAGUUUAUUACUUUCCUCAAGGCCACAUAGAGCUUAUUGAGGCAUAUACAAGAGAAGAGUUGAAUAAAAUACAACCAAUUUUUGAUCUUCCUUCUAAGCUUCAAUGUCGUGUUAUUGCUAUUCAGCUUAAGGUGGAAAAAAAUAGUGAUGAGACUUAUGCUGAAAUUACUUUGAUGCCAGAUACGCAAGUUGUAAUCCCUACUCAGAAUGAUAAUCAUUAUAGGCCAUUGGUUAAUUCCUUUACAAAGGUUUUAACGGCCUCAGAUACAAGCGUCCAUGGUGGAUUCUCUGUUCCCAGAAAACUUGCCAUUGAAUGUCUCCCUCCGCUGGAUAUGUCUCAGCCUCUACCGGCACAAGAACUUCUUACUAUAGAUCUCCAUGGGAAUCAAUGGAGAUUCAAACACAGCUACAGAGGUACACCGCGAAGACAUUUGUUAACAUCAGGUUGGAAUGCAUUCACAACAUCAAAAAAAUUGGUUGCAGGAGAUGUUAUUGUAUUCCUUAGGGGAGAGACUGGAGAGUUACGAGUUGGUAUCAGACGAGCGGGACAUCAACAAAAGAACAUACAUUCAUCACUAAUAUCAAUAGAUAGUAUGAGACAUGGAGUAAUUGCUUCCGCAGUGCAUGCUUUUAAUAACCAAUGUAUGUUCAUUGUGGUUUACAAGCCAAGGUCAAGUCAAUUUAUUGUCAGUUACAACAAAUUCGUAGACGCUGUGAACAAUAAGUUCAAUGUCGGUUCAAGAUUUACAAUGCGGUUUGAGGGUGAAGAUUUCUCUGAAAGAAGAUAUUCUGGGACAAUUAUUGGAGUUAAUAAUUUCUCCUCUCAUUGGAUGGAAUCAGAAUGGCGAAGCUUAGAAGUGAAGUGGGAUGAAUUUGCAUCAUUUCCAAGACCUGAUAAAGUUUCACCAUGGGAUAUCGAACAUUUAACGCCUUCGUUAAAUGUUCUCCGGCCAUCUUUGCUCAAAAACAAGCGUUCCCGAGAAGUUAAUGAAAUCGAUUCCUGCGAUUACCUCUUCAUUAUACAUAUUAUAGGUUCAACAUCAUCACAUCUCUUGCAUCCUAUAUUGACACAAGGUCAAGAAAUUGGAGAACCAAGCAUGACCUCCCCGAUGAAUGUUUUUCUUAGUUAUUGCGAUGAAAUUGAAGAUGAUGAGACUCCUUCUAGGAUGCUAAUGAGCUAUCAUGUCCCAACAAUGCCCAAGCUAAAUUACAAUAACGAUCAAAUGGUUACACCAAUAGAAGAAAAUAUAACAACCAAUGCAAACGCUAGUUUUAGACUGUUUGGAGUCUCUCUUGCCACUUCUUCAGUGAUUAAAGAUCCCAUUGAACCGAUGGAAUCAUAUCCAAAAUCUGAGAUUUCUAAACUCUGUCAAGAGAAAAAGCUUGGUCUAGGCCAAACUAUAACAUCUCCAAGAGAGAUCCAAAGCAAGCAGUUCAGUUCUACUAGGAGUUGUACCAAAGUAAGUAUAAGAUCAAUAUAUUCUUACUCUUUAGAUAUGGAUCUUUUUCUCAUUGUACCCAACUCACGUAAUCUUGAUAUGAAACAGGUUCAAAUGCAAGGUGUACCAGUAGGAAGAGCUCUCGAUUUAAAUGUUCUUAAUGGAUAUGAUCACCUAAUAAUAGAAUUGGAGAAACUCUUUGAUCUCAACGGCCAGUUGCAAACCCGCAACCAAUGGAAAAUAGCUUUCAAAGACAAUGAAGGAAAUGAGAAGCUUGUUGGAGACAAUCCAUGGCCGUAAGUUUCCUUUCUCUUUCUAUUCAUCGAAGAUUAGUUAAAAUCUUGAGAGAUUAUAUUUCAUUUUGGAUGUUGUGUGCAUGUAGUGAAUUUUGCAGCAUGGUGAAGAAGAUAUUCAUAUAUCCAAAAUAGAAGGUCAAAAACUUAAAGUCCGGGAAUAGUCUCUCAAAUUGAAUCAAUAAUCAAAACAAAUAUAAUUAAAAAGGGGUAUAAAAAGUAACCGAUGUCUUGUUCUCUUUUUUUUUUU